AUGGAAUCCGAUAGUGCUCCAACAUCAGAAAAACAAGCUCGCGCCAAAUCGAUCGAAGUCGCUGAGUCGCAGCCCUUCGACGGUCAUGCAACCAAAAAGCUGCUGAGGAAGCUAGAUUGGCACAUCAUUCCCUUUAUGAGUUUGAUCUACCUGACGAACAUUGGAAAUGCCAGGUUGGAUAAUUUGGAGCAGGACCUCAAAUUGAAAGGCAUUCAAUACAAUGACUGCCUCGCCAUCCUGUUUCCGUUCUACAUUGCGGCCGAGAUCCCGAGCAAUAUGAUGAUGAAGCGUCUCAGACCGUCGAUUUGGCUGACAUUCAUCAUGGUUUGUUGGUCUGCAUCGAUGAUUGGCCAAGGAUUUGUGAAAGACUACUCAGGACUCAUGGCGACUCGAGUCUUUCUUGGUGUCUUUGAGGGAGGCUUGUUUCCCGGCGUCAACUACUACAUCACGCAAUGGUACUGCAGAAACGAGUGCGGGUUCAGAAUGGCCCUUUUCUUCUCUGCGGCAACUCUUGCUGGAGCGUUUGGUGGUAUCCUCGCGCGAGGAAUUGCGGAGAUGCACGGGGUAGGUGGUCUCUCAGCUUGGGCAUGGAUCUUCAUCCUCGAAGGUCUCCUGAGUAUUCUGGUGUCUUUCACGGCAUACUGGGCAAUUUAUGAUUAUCCUUCCACGGCGCAAUUUCUUUCCGAGAAGGAGCGAUCUGAAGUCCAGAGAAGGCUGCAAGAAGAUUCAGGUCAUCUGUCUAAUGACUUCAAUAUCAAGUAUGUUUGGCAGGCUAUCAAGGAUUGGAAGAUCUACAUCCACAUGCUCAUCUGCAUGGCGGGCUUCUGCCCCAUUUACUCGUUUGCCUUGUUCCUGCCUACCAUCAUCAAGAACAUGGGCUACACCUCCAACAAUGCCCAACUGAUGUCAGUACCGCCGUACUGUUUCGCUUGCAUAUUCACUAUUGGCGCCAGCUGGUAUGCGGAUCGCGUUAGACAGCGCGGUAUAUUCCUGAUGGGCUUCCAGCUGGUGGCUAUUCUGGGUUUCGGUCUCUUGGUCGGUACCAGCAAGUCUUCUGCACAAUAUGCUGGCACCAUCUUUGCAGCGAUCGGCAUCUACCCUCAAAUCCCGCUUGGUCUUGCCUGGAAUAGCAGCAACAUCGGCGGUAGUCUAAAGCGGGGAACUGGCAUAGCGAUGCAGGUUAUGGGUGGUAAUUGCGGCGGCAUCAUUGCGUCUUACGUCUACCUCAGCCGGGAUGGACCCCGCUACACGACCGGCCAUAGCAUUCUCAUUGGCUUCGUUACCAUGGCCUUCUUCUUGACGCUAUUUAUGACCACUUGGUGCCGAAGGGAGAACGCCCGCCGGGAUCUUGUCGCUAGCGAGGCUGGCGUGCAAGAGUUGACUGAUGAGCAAAAGGUAUUGGAAGCUGAACUUGCCGACAACGUACCAUGGUUCAGAUACACCGUCUGA